AUGAGAAUGAUCAGGCAGCAGCUGGCGGCAGUGAGUGGCCCCGUGGUGCAUGUGAUGGCAGUGCAGGGGCCUGGCCUUGACUCUUCCUGGUUUCUCCUGUUUAGAGACUUGAUGAGGAAACCUAGCGCCCCAUCACUGCCUCGUCGGUGGCUGCUUCGCUCGCGAGCCGGGUGCAGGUGGCUCCUGUCUCUAGUGAGGACGUCCCUGUCUGGGCUGCUGGUGCUGUGGAGGCUGACGUGGCAUGCGCUGUUCUGCUACAAGGUUUUCUGGGAGCUCAUGUUCCAUUUCGUGCGGGAGGUCAGUGCAGCGCUGGGAUCACAGCUGGAGAGCAGCAGCGACGCUUGCGAGGGGGAUGGUGCCUGCCCACCUGUUCCUGACCUGGAGCAGCCAGGGGCAGGCCCUGGGGACCUGCAGAGGCUGCAGGAUGCCAGCACUGCCAUCCUGGAAAGGCUCAUGGAGCUGGAGGCUGAAGUCAAGUACGUCAGCACUGAGCUGCGUGCAGAGAAAUUACUGUGGAGCAGCCGGUACCUGGAGCUGCUGAGGGAGCAGCAGGAGCUCCAUCAACAGUUCCAGGCGUGGGGACGGAGCCAAGGGCCCGAGGCCAAGGGCAUGCAGAGCAAAGCCGAGGCUCCCAGUGUGGAUGGAACUGAUGGGUGGUGCAUGGGAGACAGCGGCCUCCAGACGCCGCCAGCACCUGGCUGCGCAGGGCCCAGCCGCAGCUUGGUACCCGGGCAGCCGUGCCACGCUCGCCACGGGACCUGCACCUCGGGCACCGAGCCAAGGUCCUGCUGCAGUCAGGCGGGAUUGGUGUGGGCACCAUCCGGUACUUGGGGGUCUUCCCCGACCAGGCCGAGUUCUCCGUGGGAGUGGAGCUAGAGGCCCCGGGUCAUGGGGCACACGACAGCAUCCUGGUGGGGCACUGCUGCUUCCCCUGCAAACCCGGCCACGGAGUGCUCGUGCCCUUCCGCAAAGUGCUGAUGGUCUGGGAGUAGGCCCCCGCCUGCGGCAUGGCGCUGAGCGGGAUCCAUUCGUGGGGUGAGCGGAACCGGCCUUUGCCCAGGGCUGGGACCAUGGGGCAACAGGGGCCAGGAAGAAGAGCCCAGCAUGACUGAGCAGCAGCGAGACCCAGUGCAAAGGGCCUGAGCAGUGUGGAAAGCCGGACGCGUGGCAGGACCCGCUCCACCAGCAGCAAGACGUCUUGGGGGGCUGUCACUGCCCAAUGGACAACACCAGGCUGGGGCAGGUUUGCCUUGUGAGUGCCCGGCCAAGCACCGUCUGCAGGGCAGAGGAGCCUGGGCAGAGCCCACUGCCCUCCCGCUAGGCAAGGCUAGAGCUGAGGGGAAGGGUCAGGCUCCCUGCUAGCCAGGUUACCCCUCAGGGGACCGGCCCUGGGUCCCUGGGCACGCUGCCUGUGUUCAGCUACUUCCUGGCAGCGGGGGCAGGAUGGAGUUACUGGGUCUGGAUCCAGCUGAGCCGUUUCCUUGCAAGGGCUUAGCCCAGCCCUGCAGAAGGAAAAGGGGAAGGGAACCAGCCCGUGAAUGCCGUCCGCGCAGCUGGGAAAGGGGGCUGGGUGUGGCCGCAGGCCCAACCCUCCUGGGCUGCAGCCAGUGCUGGAUUCAGGUCAGCGCCUCACCCCAGUACCAAGCCCUGGUCUCUUUGCAGUGAGGCUCCUGUGCGCUGCAUGAGCUGAGCCUGUCUAUGGCCACCCCCCCGGUUCCACGCUCACUGCAUGACCUAGUCACUCCUUUAGUCUGCUGGUGUUUGCCUGGGCCUGGGGGGGCGAUGACUUUGGUGCCCCAGGUUUUGGUGAGACGGGAGGACAAGCUGUGGCUUGCUGGCAGCUGGCUCAAGCAAGCUGGGCUGAUUCACGGGAGGACAUGAAGUGUCUUGCCCACCAGGCAGCUGCCGGGAACCAAACCAGCCACAAACCGGGGAAGCAGCAUCUGGGAGCACCUGGUCUAGGGUGAACCGAAAUCACAGGAGGGAGGGGAACCAGCCACAUGCCAGGCUGAGCCAAGGGCAGUCCCGCUCCAGGGAUGUCGCCUCAGCACCGGCCCCAGCUCCCGGCCGGCUGGCUCCAGAACUGUACCAGCAAAUGGGGCUGGAGCGACUGGCAAGCAGGCCUGGGCUCCCUCUCCCUGCCAGGAGCCCAGGCAGGCCUGGCCUCUCGCCCAGAGAGCCCAGGGCGGGGACCGGCCCAGGCCAGCACUGGGAGUAGGCUCAGCCCCUGGGGCCUUGAGAGCCCUGCAAGGGAUUCGGGGGCUCUGGCGGCAGGCGGGACUGUGCUUUAUUGGUUUAAAAUGGAUCUGAUGCCCGAAGUCCCUCUCUGAACCCUGCAACAUCACUCCCCGUGGGCAGGGCCUGGGCUCCAUUAAAGUGAAGCCUGGCCGCAGUGUGGGGCUGCCCUCUGCGGGAGGGGCAGUGGGUCUGCCGAGGAGGACCCGGGGCCUCCCCCACAAGGGCGGGGGGGGACCCCCGGGGCAGUGGGCAGGCGCCUGCAUCCUGUGAAGAGAGUAGCACCGAGCCGGGAGCAAGGCAGGCUCCGGGCCCUAGCUAGCCACCCAUCCCAGCAGGGACCAGGCCCAGCCCUGCUGCGAGUGCAGAGAGCUCCCGUCCCCAGCCAUGGCCCUGCGGCGCUCUCUGAGCAGGUCCGUUUUAUAACUGGGUGGUUUCUCCUCAGCCCAGGCUCCUUCCUGCUACCCAGCCCUUUCCCUGUAGUGAGCAAGAAGUCAUAAACCGCGGCCUAGCCCAGGGCGGGGGUGGCCCUGGCACGCUGGCUGCAGCAGGAGUUACAGAACCCCCGUCGCGGGGCUAGCGCGCCAGGCUGCACCGGGUGUCCUGCUGCUGCAAGCGCUGCGGCCCUGGGCAAUGGCACCAGGCCACAUCAUCACUGCUGCUGUCAUGCUGCUGACGCGGCGGGGAGAGAGCAGCACCUGCCAGUGGCAGGGCACCGCCGUGUCCUUUCCUGCCUGCACAGUGCAGGGCACCCAGCUAGCUCGGGGCGGGGGCUGCGGCUAGACGCCAGCUCUGCUAGACCCACAUCUGGGCAGGGGCACGGAAAAUGCUGCUUGGGAUGGGGAGGCAGCUGAGGUGAGCUCCCUUCCUGCUUAUGGGCUCGUGCAACCCCCCCUCCCUCAACCGCCCCUGAGAGACAGGCCUGUGGGGAGCCAGGCACACACUGGCUUCUGGCCAGAACCUCAAUAGACCCUCCAAACCCCGUCCCGGCCACACCCUGGCGCUGGCAAUGACCGCACAGGGCAGAAAACCUUCUAGGAGACGAACUGCCCCAGCCCCAUCUGCACGUGCCCUUCAUCCCUGCCCCUACUCCCCCGUCUGGCCCUGGCCCUGGCCACAGCAUGCUUGCCAAAGGCAGACCCACCCCAGACCAGCUCACUCGCAGGCGGUUACCAGCAGAGCAGCUGUUGCCGGGGCUAACGCUUGACCAAUGACCUAGAAAAGAGGAAUAAAAGACAAUGCGACAAUGGCAUAAAAAGGCUGCGUUUGCUCCAGGACACUGGGUGCUGUUGUAAAGGUCACAGCCAAACAGCUGUUCCUGCUCCGUGCUCAGCCGGCUGCCAGCAGCCAGCCUGCCAAACACCCAGUGAGCUGGGCACACUCACUGCUCACAAAGACACUGGCACAAAACGGGAGCAAUCAGCCAAAGGAGGCAGCAAGAGGGACAGCCAGGGUCCCUGCCCGGGCACUUUGAGCCUGCAUCCCGGCUGCUGCUAAGCCCAAGGACAGGUGGUCACACCCGGACUACACACCUGGGCUUCCUGCACUAGGAGACAUGGUGGUCAGGUCUCAAGCAGGCUCCAGCUGCCCCGUGGUAGCCGUGGGGUAAAUGCUAGUGCAGAGCCCUAAACACGUCCGGACCUGGCUAGUCUCCAGCUUCCACCACUGGACCCAGCCAAGGUGAAUGACAGCCCCUGAGGUCACUAGGGCCCAUUCAGCCUCAGCCUGGGUUCGAUGCAUCAGUGUUGGAGAAGGGUUUCUUGGCCAGAUUAACCACAGGGCCACUGAGGGACACUGGCUCUCCCCUUUGGUUCGCUUUGCUUAGACACGAUUCCCUCCUGGUCAGCUGUUAUUCCCAUUGAACGUCCUAGCUACUUAGGGGGCCUUUCUGGCCAGCAGACAGUGACUCGCUCACACGAUCUAUCGUCCCUGCCUGGCCCAGUCCUGCUCUCAGCUACAGCAGUGGCAAGCUGGAGGAGCACCACUGCCUCCGAAUGAAGCGACCCCCAGCGUUGGUCUCUGACUGUAAUGUAAGACGGCAUGACAAUGCAAACGCCCCCUUUAACGCAGAGUUACACCCCUGUGCGUUUCACCAGCCCCUCAUCUUGGCCCAGCCAUUGUAGUUAUGGGCUGGCACUGGCUGGAAUUAAUCUAGGCUGCAGGCAAGUCUCUGCCUCGCUCUCAGUUCUGGUUUGCUGCAGGUGUUCUCAGUCACCAUCCUGCAAAGCUCAGGCCUCGCUCCUCCAGCCCAGCCAGCAGAACUGCAGCUGUUUCCAAGAAACAGGAACUAAAGCCUUGCAGGUCCGGGCUGUGAAGGAAAGUGCCGGGGCACCUCGACCUAAUGCGAGCUCUGCUAGCUAAGAGCCGCGAGAUGGCUGCCCUGCCUGCACCCUCUGCCAGGGCAAGCGUGGUGACAGCUGCUCUCUGAGUGCUUUGCUCUCUGGCAGCUGCUGUGGCCAUGGCCAGGCAAUGACAAAAGAAGCCAGAUUUUCCUCUCCUGCUCCGUCGCUCAGCAGCCAGUGCAUGCACACAAACAUUCAGCGAAAGCAGUGAGCACAAGGCUCUGUGGGUGGAUGGGCUGACCAGCUAGUGUGUGGAUUUCCCAGAUAGGCUGUGCAAUAGCUGAGAAGCUGCCGGCUUGCAAGUGACCCCCGAUAUUGGAGUCUGGGAUGCACUGGGCAGUUGGGUGGGUCUGGCCCAUCUUUCAGCUCAUUCCCACCACUGAGAUGGACAAACCUCUGUGACAAUGCAGGCCACAAA